AAUUUACAAACUGAACGAGUUUCAUUGUCUGGUAACUUUUUGAUAAACAAAGAAAAAGGCGGACGAAGAACAAAGAUCAGCAAAAACAAAAAUAGACUUUUGUUGUAAAUAGUUCCAGAGAAAAUGAAUAUUCGGACAAGGGCACUUAUAUUUUCAACAUUUUUUGGAAGUUGUGUAGCUCUUGGUUUAUUACUCGUAAGCCUCACAACGAAUCACUGGGUUCGAGCUACACCACGUCGUAGUACUGCUCCGGAAUCAAAAGGUGAAGUAAAUUAUGGAUUAUUUUACGGCAAUAUAGAUUUGGAUUCUGGCAUUGGGUUAAGGACUACCUCUGUUAAUGUUUACACAUUAUUACAAACGGAACCUGAUACAAUGAACUUUUGGUUAUGGUUAAUAACUACACUUAGUACCGGAUUUGCUUUGUUGAGUUGUGCAAUUGGUGCAAUUGCAGCAGUCCUCAAAGCGGCUUCUGCAGCAAGAAAACGUCCAAGUAUGGUAUUACUUUUUGCAUCAAAUAUAUCUGCUGCAGUCACACAAGUUGUUGCUUUUAUAACUUGGCUUGUCCAUUUUUAUCAAUAUCUCAUACACAAUGUUCUUACUGUGAAGGAUAUUGAACUUAAGUGGUAUAGUCAUGGCCUUGCAUAUUUAGGUUAUAGUUUCUAUUUAGUGAUCGCAUCAACAUUAGUUGUACUACUUAAUCUUAUAAUAUUACUAUAUGCUAGACGGUCGGAAGUACGCAAUGGGCAUAGACUGGAGCCUCCAAGCGAACAAAAGAAUAUAAGCGCCAUUAUGCUUUACUAGCAAAAUAUAUAUUACUAUAUAAUUUUUAAGGAAAACCUCACGCAUCUCAACAGUAAUUAAUUUCUAAUAAUUAACUGCCUAAAAUCUUAAGGAAAUACUUUAUAGUACUGUUAACUUACGACAUUAUUUUAAGUAUAAACUAUUUACGUAAAAUAUACUCAUUUUGUACUUUCUCAGUGAAUAUAUGUUAGUUAUUCUGUA